AUGACAACUACCCCACACAUAAAAGAGAGAAUGAAAAGACAACCAAAUAAACCUUAUACAAAAAAGUCACAGCUAAAACCACCAAACUCUCAGAGAACACAACCGACUGAUGAUGAAGAUCAAGAAAAUUAUACAGACAAGAAUAAAUUCAAAUCAUUGUUGGAUAAAACACCACCGAGAUUACUUCCUACACCCUUACCCACCACCAUUGAUACUAUUGAUAACAUUCCAAUACCUACAACAAUAUCAUCACCAAGAACUCCAAGAACUCCAAGAACAACAUCAUCACCAAGAACACCAAGAACAACAACUACAACAACGACAACAACUACAAGUACAAAUAGCAAUAUAAAUGAACCGACAAACUAUUUAACACCAAGACAGAGUCAAAAUCCAGCUUUUCAAUAUCAAAUAACAAAUUCUCCACCCUCCCGCACUCAAAGUCCACCUAUCAUCCAACAACAUCCUCAACUUCCACAACAUCCUCAACUUCCUCAACAUCCAUUUCCAAUUUCACAUCAACCCUCUUAUCCUAUUGGCAUAACUCAACCCGUCAUCUCACAUCAACAACAACAACAUACACAUCCAUAUCAAGCACCAACAACUCCCCGUCUCACUCCUGUAUGUCAUGAUAUACUGGAAAGAUUAAGAACCAGUAUGAUGAACCCAGAGUUUGGAAUUAUCGAUUAUCUGGAGAUUGGAAAACCAUUGUUCGAUUCAGGAUCCAGGAAACCUAUAGAAAUAAUUCCAAUGCCAGAACGAGUACAAUCGAUUGGCACAGAUGAGACUGAGCUUAUUUUUUCAAAUGGUCGUCUUACCAGACCGAGAGAAUUGAAACCGUUAAUCAGUGAAAACAGAAUAUAUAUAGAAAACCUGUUUAGGAAUCUCUACGCAGCAUCAAUCGAAAAUGAUGUCACCUGGUUUUUGUAUUGGAUACAAAUCGGUCAUGGAGCGCGCAAUCUCAUUUUAUCGAUCAUUCAAUACGAAGAAAAGUGGUUGGAGCAACUAUUGGAAAAAUUCGGUGUCACUUCACAAGAUUUCUCAGAGUUUAGACAAAGAAUGAAAAGAUUCAUAUAUUUAGAUCUAUAA